UCUCUUUUCAACAACUUUCACAGUACAUUGCUAUGAUCACGUCGCUGCAGUCGGAGUUUGUGACUCAGGUAUCUGAGCAAUACAUUUUUCAAACGUUUGUGGACAACUCUGUUGGAGAUGAUGGCACUUCCAUAGCAUAUAACAAGCUAGUUUGCAAAGACAACAGGGAAAUCUAUUUUGCCAAUAGAAACUGUAUCAGAUAUUCCAAUGUUGAUCCCAAAAAUCCCAAUUUCCACAUUUUGUCUAAUCCAUACGAUAAAUUCAAUAUUGUCGCCCUUGAAAUGAACAAUCUGGGAACAUUGCUAGCCUCAAUAGGAGAAGAGGAUUUGGUGAUUUUGUCGAUUCCUUCGAAUUUGCAAUCAGGUCUCGGUUCAACGGUUUCCACCAAAGCUCACAAGCUCAGAAACAUCGGUGGCAAGAUCAGAAAGGUCGUUUGGCAGACGGUAGCUGCAAACGACUCAGUAGUUGUAGUUUUGAACGAUCGCAGCCAAAUCAAAGCGUACGACAUUUCUGUUUCGCUUGAUGUUCCCGUUAUUUCGGUGGAUUUAACGCUGUUCAAACAAUUUGGAAACGAUAACGCGCUUUCAAUUUCGUUUGGGUCGCUGAAUAACUUGUCGGGGGCAUUGACAUUGUAUGUUUCCACCGAGAAAUCGCAUAUCUAUGCUGUAUAUCCAUUUCUUCACAGAAGUGCUCGUAUAGCCACAACUGCCACUGCUGUCAGCGAUGCGCUUGCUGAUACUUCAGCGUUAAUUUCGGAGAUCGAGGCCCGGUUUCCGUCGCUCAAUAUGGCCGAUACACUUGAUAGCAAGUUGAUGACAGCCGCCGUUAAGCAAUUUGGGUUCUACUCCCAUUUACAGAAGCAAGCUUCCACGUUCACAUUUAAAGAAGUUAGAGGCGUAGGCACGACCUCUCUCUAUGAGUUGGUAGUUUUCGACAACAGUUUGCCCGUCGACUACGAGCCAGUUUUGCAAGGUCCGUUGGAUUCUGGAACUGCACCCGUUUCUGACAUUUUCCAUAUAUCAUCUAACAACGAUCUUUCUAUUAUAGCAUCUUUAUCGUCUUCUCCGGAUAAAAAUGUGCUAAUAAGAUACCACGCACAGCUCAGACCUUUAUUAAUGCACUGGAACGACGGAGACGACACCCCUAAUCUUCCUAGUAAACCUGUUGUGAAGCCACGAGGAUAUGCCAAACCCAGACGAGGAUUUGGCUUUGUAGAUUUAUCUGAAUCCCCCGAGGAAUCCGAGGAGGCUCGUAAUGAAAAAUUGGCACAAGAUAGAAGAAUAAAAGAGAACGAAUUCUGGAAAAACGAAACCACAGUCUUGUCCACGUUGAGUAGAGACGAACUUCCCACUAUAUCCGAAAAAGUAUUUGCCAGAGUGUUUAAUGCUGAGCUGUCCAAAUUUGCUGUUAUUUCUCCUCAGAAUAUCAUCUUCGUAGACCCCAGGGCAUGGGUGGACAGUAUUUUAACAGGUCUUCAAUUGGAUGAAGAGACAUUUGCUGAAGCUUCCAAAACUUACAUCUCAGCGUCCAGUAGAACGGAAAAGGUAUUGGGGACGAUUGUAGUUGCUGAUGAACUCACACAGACUGGAGAUGUUUUAGUUGUGUUCAGAAAUGGGAGCCAAGACAAUUUGGAGGUGAUUGAGUUGAAACCUGCUUUAGCAGAAGAAGGAAAAUUAACUAAAGAAAAGCAAGAAGACAAGGCAGUUGAGGUUGGAUUUGUUCAAGGCCCUUUGUCUUGUAAAGAGCCCAUAGAGGAACUUAUCAGAUCAGCUACAUUGCUCCCAGUAGAAUCAGCACUCAAAUUAUUGCCUAGUGGCACGCCCAAGACAGAAAUGGACAUUCUUGAGGCUUUGAACAAGCUUUCUAGUGCUACCAUUGAGCAAGUUGCAAGGUGUACAUCUUUCGCCAUUCAGUUGAAUAUUCGUAUGGGAUCAGAGGUUGAAGUCAUGAAAGCACAAAUCCAGUCCUUAAACAAGAUCCUAGAAAAGAACAUUGACAAUUCUGGACUCGUUAAGAAUAGUGAAAGGAUCGCCGAAACUUUGAGAAAGCAAAAAGCACUCGACAACAGAAUUGAAAACUUGAAAUCCAAACUAAUGGAGUCCAUUCAAAAGUGGAGAGCAAACAAAUCAUUACCUAUUUCAGUAUCCGAAAAGAAUUGGUUCAAGGAAAUCAACUCUGUCAAUAUCGAGAUUAAUAAGGACUCAGAAGAAAGGAAGAGCUUGAUUUCAACAGUAGUCGGUCUUCAAAGUCAGGUGAGGUCGUUAGUUGAAGACAUCAGGAAUCAGAAACUCACAGAUGAAAGUGCAUCUACGAAGGUAAAAAAUAUGGAAUUGCGGCAACAGUUGUCCAAGGUCAAAUAUUGGCUCGAACAGGAAGAACCCAUUAUUGCCUCCUCCAGGUACCAAUUGGUAGAGAGCUUGAAGAAAUUGGCCAUCUAAGAGAUAUGUAUUGAUUCAUAAUGUUACAAAGAUUUACAUGUACU